GACAUAAAUAUUUAACCUAAAAUUAAAAAAAAAAAAAAAAGGUGAUGUUAAAGCAUCGUACAGGCAGAGUUGGAGUUGCAGAGUUGAAAGUUGAGAGACGCACGAAUGGCGAAAAAGACUAAACCCUCUCAGAAUAAGAACGCUGUUGUUUCUCCAGCCUCCACUUCCACUUCUUCCAGUAAACUAGUGUUGAAGGUUAAAUCAAACGAGGGGAUGAGGAGAUCGGUGCGGCAGACUAAGUCAAGAGAGACUACCAGAGCAAAACAGAAAAAGAACAAACAAAAGAUUGAUGCUAAGAAGCCAAAGAAACCACCCACUGCUUUCUUCUACUUCUUGGUGGAUUUUCGGAAAGAGUUUCAAGACCAGAAUCCAGAUGUAAAGUCAAUGCGUGAUAUUGGCAAGGCAUGUGGAGAUAAAUGGAAAACAAUGACUUAUGAGGAGAAGGUUAAAUACUAUGAUAUAGCAACAGAAAAACGUGCAGAAUUUGAUAGAGCAAUGACAGAGUAUAACAAGAAAAUGGAAAACGGCGAUUUUGAAGAAACUGACGAGGAGUCAGAAUAUGACGAGUAAAACCAUGUAUUCAUUUUCUUGAUUGUAACUUAUAAGGCUUCACCUGUAUUAAUUGAAACUACUUGAGGACCUUAAGUUGUAUAUUCAGUUGUAGCAAUCUUUAGUUUGUCCUUGUGAAUAAUUAUCAUUUUCUGCUUAUAAAAAGAAAAUUAUCA